GCAGAAGCUCUCCGGUGACGUCACCCUCAUUGGCCACAGCUCAUGUGCUGUCAUGCCAGAUUUCCUGAUUGGACUUGCAGAGCCUCAGGCCAGCAAUGAUGGGGCGGCCAAGGUGAACGUGAUCAACGCCACCAUUGGACAGCCCGUGGACCUGCCCUGUAUUAUCAGCCACCCUCAACCCCUCAAGGGGACACGGUUCUACUGGCAGGGAACGAACAAAAGGCGCAUCAAACACGAGUACCCAGAAGUUGUGCACAUGUACAACAUGGGACAGGUGGACCUCAAAAACCAAGACCUCCUUUACAGUGGCAGGACUAAGUUCUUUAUGGACAGAUUGCCCAGGGGAGAUUUUUCCUUGAACAUUAACCCAGUUAAAGCUGAGGACGACAAAACGGAGUUUGUCGGCCACUAUCUUCCAGAGAACACGUCGUUUCGGAACAUUUGCAAGAUAUCCCUGCACGUCACUGCAAAGUUCCAGAAGCCGGAGGUGAAUGUAUACUGUACAGAGCAGGGGGAGGUCCGGGUGGUUUGCACCUCACAAGGUGGCUUCCCUAGACCCAAUGUCAGCUGGACUGGCCUGGACCACGCAGACAACCUAUCCACCACAAUCACCAUAGAUCCAAACAGCAGUACCUUCUCAAUAAGUAGCAUCGUUCAUGUCAACAUCACAAGGGGCCAGAAACUGACCUGCAGUGUCACCAACCCCGCACUGCAAGAAACGACGAAGACCUCUGUCACUGUCAGGGACUGUUCAUGGCGUGACACUGAUGGAACCAUAAAGACUGUGGCUAUAUGUAUAGGCAUGGCUUGCUUGACGACGGCAAUUUUAAUUGUCUUGGCAAUCAUCUGCUGCAAAAGAAGACAAUCCCGUAGUCACUCCUUUCAGAAUGGAUCCCAGGGCAGGUCUCUGGGCGACCCGCACGAGUCUGAGAGUCUGCACAAAAUGGAGAGCGCCCCUCCCUCUAACACCUGAUUCAGAAGCCAGAUCGCCCUAUCUUUGCAUUCUAUGCAUUCUCAGCCGAAGAGCCAUUGAGCAAACAAUGCGUCUUCCAAACCCUCCACCAAAAUUUAAAACAAAAACAGCUGCAGAGCUGCUGAGACCUUUAGACUCGCUGAGAGCCCCUCUCCUUCACUGUGCACUGAGGCAGGGUUUGGAAUGCCGAUGCCACGCCAGCUCACCGCUCUGAGAGGAAAGCGACCGUGGCUGACAAAGCUGUGUAAAUAUUGUCCUCUUUAAUAUUUCAGUGAUAACCUCAUAUAUCAGAAUAAACCUUACAUUUUCUCCCAGGAUGUGGGGUUUGUAAGAUGUUCAGAGGUGAACCCACAAGGCCAAUUUGGGUUAUUCGGUGCAAACUGCUCCUGCAUUGGCCCGCCCGUUUUGAAGAGGGCAUUAGGAGCUUGAGGGAGGAAAGGGAGACGAUUGGAAAAGUACAUGUAACGUUACUGCAGGGCUGCUUUUUACCCGUUGAGGAUGUUCUCUCAGUCUCCUGAGGUGUUUGGUGAUGUGUCUGGCAUUACAGGACCUGAGCGAGAGGUUUUUAGGUCACAAGGGACACAUUUCAUUUGAACACUGAUUAGGGACCCAGAAGAGGCACAGAGUGGAUGUUUUACACUAAAAAAGGCAGCAAGAAAGAGACAGAGAGGCACAGCCUGGAACCUCUGAGGUACUGUGCCAGUGGAAGGCCCUUGAUUGCACCAGAGGAAGGUCUUUAAUGGUGCUAAAGAAAGUGUGAGCGGCCUUUCGGUUUGCUCGGUGCUCUCUGUCUCAGAAUGGAAGUUUCCGCAUGGGAAUUUUGUGGCCUUCAGGACUGGGAGGGACAGCACACACAGGGGGCUUUGUGGAUCCGCAGUUCAUCCUCUUUUUACACAAUCCACACAUCUUGCUCGACGCUCACUGUGAACUGUGUCAGCCUAUGGAGGGCAUUGCUGGAGUAUUCCCCCUCAAAGAUGAGAACAAAGGAUCGUGGUGCUUUGAGUGAACUCCCACCUGACUAAAACAGACUGCCUCAAGAUACACACCUACCUCUGGGUUUCAAUUAUACACAUGUA